AUGGUUUUUGGCCCGGCGCCGGUUGCGACAUGUUUCUGGCUGCAAGAACUUUUGCUAGCCAGCCAAGCAGAUGCUGUUCGAGAAGCGGCUUCUGCGAAGGACUUUGAACCACAGAUGGCAUCGCAACCAACACACAGCCCUUCCUUGUCGGACCAGGGUUGCCACAACCGUGUCUGCUGGCAAAACGCGGAGCGUAAGAGUCUGGGACAGUUCGGCUUCAGGGUGCCCGAGGGCUUCUUCUUACCGCAUCCGUCCAGGCACCAUGCUCUGUUGGGCGAUGGCGUGGAGAGUUGUGACGCGGGCCACGCGACAGUCCUGGACGCUUGGGUGACGCUUUGGCUGGACGAGCUGGACCCUGUGCACAAUUCCAGUAUCUUUGUCUACCUGGACCCCCUGGCAGUGGCCCGACACCAGCAACUAAAACAUCGCGGUGUGAUCUGCAGUUCGCCACAAGCAACAGAAAGCAGCCGUUGUCUCUGCCGCCUCCAGUUUGAAAAGUGGGAGUGGAACCUCUUUGAUGUGCUCCACAAACCAUUGGCUGCAAUGGAGCGCGCGGAUGCAGACCGUCAGAUGGAGAGGAAGGUUCUUAAAGUCCAAGCACAGUGUCCGGCGAAGUUCUCGAACAUGCUAGCAGUGUUUGCAGUGAUUUUUAGUAGUUUGCUUCUCGUCCUCCUCCUGUACAUGGGCUACGUUGCUGUGCAGAUGGCGCAGCUGGGCUUACAGCAAUGGCACGAGAACGCAGGUGUGAGUGCAGAUGAGACUGCGCUUGUGGUUCCUGAUGCGAUCUCGCAUUUCAAAGAUGGUGCCAUGCAGAUUUUGCGCCUCAGUACGCUCAUGAUGUCGCUGCAGUGGACAAUCCUGGACCACAUCAAGAAGGAGGCUGAUCUCACCAUCAUGGCUUUCGUGGCGCUUUGGCCCCUGUUCUUUGGGAUCUUCGGAAUCCUGAGGAGCAUCCAAUCCUUGUGCCAACGGCAGCUGGCCCACGCAGCCCUCUCCCACGGCGUUUGCUUGACGGGCUCCAGGCCGCUCAACAUUUACGACGGCCUUACAGGAAUCGGGAUGCUGCUCCUGGCUUGCUGUGUUGCGGUUGGCUUGGGCAAAGCCGGGCUGUUUGCUACCUGCGCACUGGUUGUCGCUCUGUUCUCCGGACCUGCGCUCAGCAUUGUGGGCGAACUUCAGCAAGCCCGAGCCGCCGACCAGGGAGUUAUUGCUAUGCUGGGUGGGCACCGAAUGCCAGGUCUCCUGAAACUAUUCCACCGUGUUCGCGCGCCCGCUGGUGAUGGCAAGCCGACCCAGACUGGACCCAUCCUGGAGGAGAAGCUCGUGCACGGAGAGGUUCGCUUGCUUCCCUUCAGUGCCGUGGUCGCUGCCGGCCGAGCGUCGCAGGACAUAAUGGAGGCACUUCGGGAAGAGCCGGCCUCGCAAGCCGGUCCAGGGUUCAACGUUCUACGAGAUUGGCACUGGCACGGCGCCGCCGUGUAUACAAUGUCACGCUCCCAUGCAGGCUUCCUCAUCUUGCCUUUGCUGUUGCUGCCCACCCUCGCCAUGCUGGGAUCAGCUUUCUUUCAGGCGAUGGUGUUCCUGUGUGACGUCCCGGAGCUUUCUCAGCUGGGCCUGGCAUACCCGGAGCACGGGCUCGAGUUCCGGCCCUGGAUGCAUCACUACAGUGUUCCGUUGGAUGCCAGCUUCAAGGAAGCCUUCGUGGUAGCUUCUGCAGAAGCCUCCAGCACGACAAGCCUUGAGAUCUGCAGCACUGCAGGUUGCAACAAGUCUCGUGUGGCAGCCAUCUUCGGGACUGUGGAGCUGCUGAAUAUGCCACUGCCACACGUGGCGAGGGUGCGACAGCGAGGUCUGCAGGAGAAGAUGGCAGACUACAACGUUGCCUUUGUGCCUCUCACCACUCUGGCCACACGCAUCACGAUCGCAGUCGAGUCGACAGGUUUCGAGCGCAACCUGUCCUGGAGCGAGGUCCCAGGCGCAGUGCUGAGCCUGCAAGCAGAGAAGACCAGCAACUUAUCGAUUAACAUUUACCUCACCGACUACGAGCUGGGUGUUCCGCAGCCCUGUCAGCGGAAUCAGUGGAAUGGUUCUGACUCAGUCCACGGCGUCCUCACAGAGUUCUGCCCCUUCAACUCCCAGAUGCCAUGUGGUGACGAAAGCGAUGACCGCGAAACAUGCUGCCGAGAGCAUUGCCGUCAUGACCCUUUCUGCUUGGUUGCCAAUGCCGGAACUGCAGGCUGCUUCCGAGCACACAUGGCAGCCACUGAGCUGCAACCAGUGGAAGGCCGCCAGUGGUUGAAUCGAAGCAUCAGCGGCCAGAUUUGCAACUUGAAGGAUGCUGAGGGCCAGCAAUGCGCGAAGGCCACGGCGGAUAGUAUGCAUGUGCUCCGCUUUCGCAACCUGCAGCCGGACUGGCUGAACUCCCAGGCGCGGCUCAAACUGGCCUUAGCCUUGGCCAGCGGCCAGCAGCAAGUUUUCAACCAGGCAGAGGACAUGCAAGUACGCAGGGCGACUCCAGAAGUACUGGAGGUGCUGGUGAACUUAACAAGCCAAAGCCGGAACAGCCAGCCCGAGUUGGAAAGCACAGACGGCACGGAGGCUAUCAUGACUUACCUGACCGCUGAGGCUAGGAUCAACGAGGAGCAGGACGUUGAAGUGACCAUCAUGCCCUUUGAACCACACGCGGUAGAUCAGCUGGUGCUCUAUUUGGCUGUGCUGUUGAAGGACGGUGGUGAGUUCCAGACAGAGUGGACCGGCACCGAAGCCGAGCAAGCCAAUCAGGCGGAAGUGACCUUCCAGCAGUGCGACGGCAGCCUUUUUCUUCAGCACCGCUUCGAAAUCUGCCGGCGAGCCAGGGGCUUUGCCGGCGGCUGGGCUGCCUCGGUUAUCAAGGUCGUUGUCCCAGCCUGGAGCCCAGAAGACGUUCAACUCACUUUCCAGAUCCAUCCGAAAGAUCCAGCAAAGUGGGGCGCCAUCCCCGGCGAAGAGAAGGCUGCAACCCACCGUGUCAAGAUCAAUUUGCAUGAUGCCGACAGCGUUGGUUUGUGGGCCAUCGCGCCGGACUCUGACUCGGAAGAGCGAUGCCGCUUCCUUGCAGAUCCCGCAGAUGUGGCGAGCACAAAUGCUUCUGGACUUCAUCCAGUCUCUCUGUACGAUGUGGAACACACCCUGCUUCUCGAUCCAAAGCAAUUUCCUAUUCUUGCAGCGGUUGUUCAAGGCGCAGCGUGCACCUACGUACACCGGAAGUGCGCCAGGGUUCACUCAAUGGCAUUUGGCUCUGUACUUUUGGAGCCGCUGGUGCAUCAGUUUUAUCUUCGGCAGUGCAUAUUGGACCAGCUGGGAUCGCUGCACCGGAGCCUUGACAGUUGGACGGCACGUAGACAAAAUGCUCCGAUCCUGUGGCGGUUUCUGCGCUGCAGCGCUCAGGCUGAAGGCUUUCACAGUGUGGCGAAGCGUUGCGCUGCCUGCCAGGUAGGUACACCAAGCGAGCGGCAUCACUAUUCAGACAUCUUAUGCUGCAAGUGCAAUGUCCAAAGUCCCGGGGGUUAUUCAAAAUGGGGUCUCGAAGCCAGCGAGCUGUUUGGAAUCUUGCCUCCGCAACCGGAUGAGACCGAUGCCAGCUUGGUGAAUCUCACAUGCAGCACCCUUCCAUACAACGCUUCCAAGGCCGAGUUCGAAGAAAACAUGUUGAGAGCUGCCGUGGAAACAUCGAAUUUGCAAGCAGUGAAGCUUGCCUUGAUGUACUGCGCUUCAAAUGUCAGCGCCAAAGAUGCCGCUCAGCUGUGGCGCUUGUUGCGGGUUGGCCUCGAUGUUGUGGGCUUGGUUUGGGACGACUUUCCAAAUCUUGUGGGCCCAUUGCUUCAGGCAGCGUUGGAUGAUGAUUGUGAGCCAUGCCUCGCAGCUGUACACUCAAAUCUACAGCGGCGUGAACAUUGUCUCCGGACAGACUGGCAACACAAAAACAUGUCCCUCCAGUUCACUGCCGCGCCUCAUUACACUCAAGGUUUUCAACUCGACCAGCUGAUUCCGGACGACAUUGCCUCCUCCAAUGGGCUACUGUCAAGACUGGUUACCGAGCCAUGCAUCCGAAGCAGGCUUGUCGAUCUGAGCCUUCAGUUCCCAGAAGGGAUGAGCAACAAUUCUGACAAGCAGAUUGCGGCCACCUUCAAUCUGCUUCCAUCACAGGUUGCAUCCCUGCAAAUUGCCCACCUAGGUUUCCCAAGCCUGCGACUGGAGGAUGAAGUCCUCUUGGCGCUGUGUCAGCUGCCCAAGCUCCGCUCCCUGAUGCUGGACGAUACAUACUUGUCCUAUGCGGCCGUGACCAGGCUGGGUCAGAUGCUGGCUAACAGCACCUGGCCAGAGCUCACGGAGUUGGUUCUGGGUCAAAAUACCGCUGGCUUCGGGUUUUUUGAGGGCCCCUCGUUCGCGGUGAAGCUGGUUCCGGCCCUGGGUAGCUUGCCGACCUGCCAUGUGAGGAAGUUCUCGAUACAGGAGGGCUGCAGGGGCGAGGUGGAGGCGGACCUCAUGAGCAUCUUUCAUGGACUGGCCCACUGCAAAGGUCUGACACAUGUGAACAUCUGCCAAAGUGAAUACUGCAACAUAAGCCGAGAGACCCGGCUGGAGGUGCAGCAGGCACUGCCUCAGUGGCCAAGCCUGCAAGAUCUUAGAUUCUGCGACUGCACGUUUCGCGACGACUACUUUCAUUGUAUGAACGACAUGAUCGGUUUUGAUGAUGAAGAUGAAGACGAAGAUUGGGAUGAAGAUGAAGACGAAGACUUGGAAGAUGAAACCGUGGCCAGCACGACAAUCUACAAUAAUUAA